AUGGGUUUAAGUGUGCUGAAGCCCAUGGCCUGCACAGUCUGUAGCCCCCUCCAGCUGGCCAGCCUGGCUGCCACCACCGUACAGCCUCGGAGCUGCUGGCCCUGGGCUCCUGCGAGCGAGCCCGGCCGCACAACACCUGGCUCAUCCAGCCAUGGACAACCUGGGAGCACUCCAAGGCAUGGGAUGUCCUCACACCACUUCUCUGGAGUUCAGCUUGAGCCUGGCUGUGCUAGUGAACUCCAGUUUGACAACAGAUGUAAAAUCGGCUGGAAAGAGGAAAUAAAUCACGCCGUCCUCGGCGGCACCAUCGCAGCGCGCACGAAACGGCGCGCCGCACUGCGAACACAUCCUCGCCCUACCCCCACGGAAGUCCGUCACUGCCGCGGCCGGGCCCGCCCCGCGGAGGGCAGGCGGCUGACGCCAUCGCGCGGCGCCGGCGGAACGCCGGGACAUGGCCCCGCCGCCGCCGCCGCCGCCGCCCCGUCGUUCGCCGCGGCCCGCGCGCUCGUGGCGCGCCGCUACUCGUGCCUGGUGGCGGCGCCGCACCGGCGGCACGUGGCGCUGCCGCCGCGCUUCCUGGGCCGCAAGCGCUCCGGCAUCCGCGCGCAGCUGGACGCCGAGCUCCUGCGCUACUCGGAGAGCCUGCAGGGUGUGCCGGUGGCUUACGACAACAUCAAAGUGGUGGGGGAGCUCGGCGACAUCUACGACGACCAAGGAUUCAUCCACCUGAACAUCGAGGCGGACUUCAUCAUCUUCAGCCCCAAGAAGGGGAAGAAGCUGGUGGGUGUAAUUAAUAAAGUGGCCCCUAGUCAUAUUGGCUGCCUGAUACAUGGAUGCUUCAAUGCAUCUAUCCCUAAGCCUGAACAAAUGUCCAUUGUACAGUGGCAAGAGCUGGGGUUAAAAAUAGGGGAUGAACUGAAAUUUCAAGUGUUGCACUUGGAUUCUGAUGCAGCUGGAGUGUUCUUCAUUCGAGGAGGACUCACUAAAAGCAGCAUGCGACCCAAAAAAUCUGACACAGUCACUGAAAGUACAAAUGGGGACAAAAUUCAAAAGCUUGGCCACCAGGAAAACAGCUUGAAUAACUGUGGGGAAGAUACUGUCACAGAAGAGCCUUUAAAUGAGACAGAUAACCUUGGGAGGGAAAAUGAAGAAGAGCAAAGUGUUGAUGCUGUGAAUGGAUUAUGUGAUGAUAAAAACAAGAAGAAAAAGAAAAAGAAAAAGGACAAGCAAGAAGAACAGGAACUCGUAUUGCCUGCCAGUGACUCCAGUGGUUACCAAAGUGACCAUAAAAAGUCAAAGAAAAAGAAAAGAAAGCACUGUGAUGAAGUUGAAGAAAAUGAGUUGUCUCAGACGUCAGAAAAACCCAAAGCAAAAAAGAAAAGGGACUAAAGUUUGAAGUGCCUUUCCUGAAUUAGAUUUCAGAUGUUUUUGAUAAGUUUCAAUAAAACCCUGUUUUCAAAAUG